GCAGACUGCGCAGGCAUGUCUAUUGGCUCAGUUUUCAAUUGCUCCCGCCGCUGCAUGGUCACCAUCCUGGGUCAUCAUGAUGUGGAGAUCAAGUUUUGUGACGAAGAACAGAUGCAACAAGCAAAAUUGUAUGCUGAGAUGAAAUCCCUAACUGUGGAGUGGAGAGAUGGAGACCUUGCUGCAGAUGGCACUCCUAUCAAGCUGUACACAAGACCUGGGUUUUUUGGACUGGACUUCUAUGGGAAGGACAAGAUCUAUGCUAUCCAACUCACAGUUAGCUGUCAAUUU